UGGCAGUGACCCUCUGCACCUGACUCUCUCCACUCCACGGAAGAAUGUGCGGCAAAGACAGCCUCCAAGACUCCCCUAUUUAUUCAACAGGUCUCCUGCCUAUGAUCAUUCACGCUAACAUUCUUGCGUUGCUUAAGGGUCGUACAGUGUGCGCGCAUCUGAGAUUCACAGAUAUUAUAAGAUGCCACGGUCCUUUUUGGUGAAGAAAUACCUCAGUAAGAAGACAAACUACGGUCAACUGGAUUCAAAGAAAAGAGAACAAGAAUACUCUCCAGGAUGUAGGCAUUGAUGUGUCGAAGACUACCACAAAGAGAAGACUACACCAGCUUAACCUCAGAGGGUUCACCGCAUGAUGCAAACCACUGAGGACGUCCUUACUCCACACUCUCCGGAAGAAUCCAUGCCGGGUCCCCUGCCCCUCUCUCAGAUGUCCUGCCCUCUCCCCAGCUCCCCCCAGAUUCUGGGAGAGUGGCGACCGGCGCCCCUCGUCGCCCCAGCGCCCAGAACCUCGGUGGAGCUGACCUCUGUCAGCGGCCCGUUGACGGACGCGCAGCCGUGGCGCACGGACUUUCCCCCGAGGGGGGGCCCGGGGCAAGAGCUGGGGCGCCCCCUGCUGGUGGCCCACAACACGCCCGUCAGGGACUCUCUCCCCGCCCUGGAGCCCCUCCGCCUCCUGGAGCCCCACGCCUUCCGGCUCCCCGCCCACGCCGCCGAGCUGGCGCUGGAGCGGGGCGCCGCCCCGUCGCCCCUCCUGGGCCUGGUGCCCGGCGGGCAGCAGCGCUUCGAGUGCCUGGACUGCCACCGGGCCUACUUCACCUUCUCGGGCCUGGCCAAGCACAGGCAGCUGCGCUGCGAGUGGCAGUGCCACCGCUGCUUCAGCUGCAAGUACUGCGACAAGGAGUACGUGAGCCUGGGGGCGCUGAAGAUGCACAUCCGCACGCACACGCUGCCCUGCGUCUGCAAGCUCUGCGGCAAGGCCUUCUCCCGGCCCUGGCUGCUGCAGGGACACAUCCGCACGCACACGGGGGAGAAGCCGUUCUCCUGCCCCCACUGCAGCCGGGCCUUCGCGGACCGCUCCAACCUGCGCGCGCACCUCCAGACGCACUCCGACAUCAAGAAGUACCAGUGCAAGCGCUGCUCGAAGACCUUCUCCCGGAUAUCCCUGCUCUCCAAGCACGAGGAGGCCGGCUGCUGCCCGCUGUCGUGACAACCGCGCUGGCCCCGCCCCUUUUAUAACUGUACACCAAUGAAGGGGCGGCACCAGGGAGGGUCGUUCAGCUGCUCUGCACGGCUCAGCCUGUGAAUCUGCAUUGAAGUGUAUUUCUACAUUUUGCAACGACUUCAUUUGUUUUGUAUGGCAUUGUGUAUAUACUGUAAGGAUAAUAAAUGCAUAUUUUCCUA